AUGCAUCAAUCAUUGGGGGGGUCAUUGGCCCCCUCAGAAUGUUCACUGACAAAGGAGUCUACCCAGAGCUCAAUUGGUUCUUCCUCAUUGGCUUAUUGGCAACCUGUUCCUGUUUGGCUGCUCUCUAAACAAUUUCCCAACCAAAGCUUUUAUGUGUAUAGAAAGUACAAGGGCUGGUGGGCUAGGCACAACUAUAUCCUCUCUGCUGCUUUGGAUGCUGGUGUGGCCUUCACAGCAGUUCUGCUAUAUUUCACCUUCCAAUCCGAGGAUAUCAUGGGUCCAAACUGGUGGGGCCAGGAAGGUGAUGACCAUUGCCCACUGGCCACGUGUCCCACGGCAUCGGGUAUAGUUGCCAAAGGCUGUCCAGUUCUCUGA